AUGACGCCAGUAAAAGUGGGGGGGGCGCGUGCAUUCACCUCCCCGCCCCCUCGUCCGCCCGCCCGCCCCGCUCGGCUUAUGCAAACGGAGAGGGAGGGUCUCUCCCCGUCUCGCUCUAUGCGUCAAACAUGCGCAGUAAUGGGGGGGUGGCAACAGGUGGGGGUGGGGGUGGGGGUGCGGUCGCGCCCAAGGUCGGCGCACGGAAGCGUCUGGCUCGGAUGUAUCAAGAUUAUACAUUAUCGAUCUCACGUGGACGCAGAGCCGGGCGCGCUGGCACUGGGCGCCAGGGGCUCGCUUGGCCGCGCCCUGCUGCACGGCCUGUUGGCACCGGCUCCGGCGCCUCGCCACCACCACCUCUACACCGCACCCAACACCGGCUCUCUGCCGCCAUCACCGGCGGACAGCGGUGUCUCAGACGUGGAGUCGUCUUCAUCGGGCGCCGGCUCCGCCGAGGAGUUGAAGGCCCGUCUGCAGCCCCCACCCCCGGCGCCCUUCCACGCGCCCUUCCUACCGUUCUACCAACACCACCAAAUCGCCACCUCUCUGCAGCACCACGUCGCGGCGCACCCCAGGCCACCAGUUUUUGAUUUAAAAAAAACUCGGAUCAUCGAUAUUAAGAUGGUACGCGCGCCCGUGCCUACUUCCGGGGGCGUGUUGGCUGCACUGGCCGCGAGCCAGUUGGCCGUCUCCCCCAAUCCCGAAUCGUCCCAU